UGUCGUCAGUUCCUCUCGGCCUGCUGUUGUUACACGGUCACAUUUGACAGGAGCAGCAGCAGCUAUGGCUCGGAGUGAUGGCUGCGAUUAUUUCCACAGGACCAGCCUGUUCUGGAUCGUCGCCGUGACCUUCGGGAUGGGAUUUUACACUUGCAUCGUGUUUGUGCCAGAAAAAAUCCCAUAUCAGAGCCUCAGGCAGUUUGGCACCUUCUGCAGAUACCUCGUGGAUAACUAUGCUGGCAUCAUGUACAAAGGGUGGUUGGCUGCCUGGGCUAUCCAUCUUUUUGAGGCUGUUGUUGCAUGGAGGGUGUGCAGCAACAAAGGCAUCAACAACACAGCCAUCCGCUGCCUGUGGUUUGUCCAGACCUUUCUGUUUGGCUUCGCUUCCCUUGGACUACUCCUCAAGUACAACCCAGAGCGCCGCAAACAGCAUUGACGUCCACAGGAUAAACCUACAGAACAAAUCAAUCACUUCCAGUGCCUCUUCUUCCUCUUCGAUAUGUAAAUGCGAGAAAAUGAAGGAAGACACCUGAGCCUCUUCUUUUAUACUGUAUCUUUUGACCUAAAAGUAUUGAAGUGAACACUACACUACAAACUGUCUUACUUAGUUUUUACUACUUCCAGCAUUCCAAUGAUAGACAUGCAUUCAUUCCAUAGAUCUUUCACUAAUAAACCAUAGAAAGAACAGUUACCUGAUGAACCUUUAUAAAUAAAAUUUUGAAGUUUUAUUGAUUCUAAUAUUAAGAGAGAUUAUUUCAGUUCUCAUGCAAUACAGAUGGAAUCUUUUAUUAAGUUGUUUUAUACUCUCAUGAUGUUUACACUGAGCAUGGAUGAUGGCAGUUUUCAUUUUCUCAGCUUCUGUGAUGAACAUAACGUCAGACAGGUUGGCUGCAGAUGGUACGCUGACACCAGCCUCAAGUCCUCCAGGGAGAGAAAUAAACAUAGCUGCUGCAUGCAUUUUCAAAUUUACAUUUGCCUUUUUGCUACUGAAGUGCUUUGAAUUCAACUUGUUAAACUGCAGUUGGAAAUUUGAAAUGUUAACGCUGCAAAAUAAAAGGUGACUUACAAACAUGAA